AUGUCUGGGAUCCCCAGCGAGCUAAAUUUGGUGAUGUCAGGGAUUCCUCGCAUGAAACCAGUUUCAGGUUCAAGUCAAUACAAGGCGGCGUAUGCUUGCGAGGGUCGAGAUCUGAACAUUACCUGUAGACCAGGGUAUCGUAUCCACCUGAUCCGGGCUAACUAUGGACGGUUUAGCAUCGCUCUCUGUAACGAGAAUGGGGCUCUUGACUGGAGUGUGGAUUGUAUGUCUAAAAACUCCUUCCGAGUGAUGCAAGAUAGCUGUGGUAUGAAGAACAGUUGUGGACUACCAGCGUCGAGCUUGGUGUUCGGGGACCCAUGUCCUGGAACACUGAAAUACUUGGAGGCCCAUUAUCGCUGUGUGCCAGAUAUUACUUCAACUACAACAUCUAGGCGUCCAUUUCCACCAAUCGUUUUUCCAAUUACAAGACCACCAAAUAUUAAAUCAACCACAGAAUUCCGCGUCAUAUUCAUGAAACCUUCCUCUACAAUAGCACAAUCUUCAUCGCCCACGACGACAACGACAACAACAACGACGACGACGACAACAGUUUCGUCAGAGUUAGAACCAGAACCUAAAAGAACGAACCCGCUAGACAUUGUUUCAUUAGAUGUUUCACCAAAAGAACUUGUCACUGUAACCCCCUCCAAAAAUUUGACAACUAAAUACUGUCCUCCAGUGACCUCUCGUGGCCUCUUUUGGAACUGGACUCGAGUAGGUGAUAUAGUGCAGCAGAAAUGCCCAGAUGGAGCUCAUGGUAUGGCUAGAUGGAGUUGCAGUAUCUCCACCAGUGAUUGGUAUCCUAGUGUCCCAAAUUUUGGGAAUUGUAGUUCUCUGUGGUAUGGUAAUUUCAUCGAUAGAAUGCAUGGUGUUAGUAACAAUGAAUCUGUGGUGAACGUGGCAGAAGAUUUGGCUAGAAGGACCACAAAGAGACGUCUCUAUGCGAAAGACAUUAUAGAAGCCUCUUUUGUGUUGAAAGGGCUCGUCUCAGCUACAAAAAAGCAGCCAUAUUACUAUAGUUAUAACCAGCAGAGGGAGCUGAUGCAGGCCUUAAUGAAAGCGGUUAGCAACUUGCUAGAUAGGAAGCAGACUGAGUCUUAUCAGGAUAUGACACCCAGUGAACGGAGGUUUUCGGCAUCCAUAAUAUUAGAGAACCUAGAAGAAAACGCACUGUCUCUUGCAGAGACACAGAGAGCUGGAGACGUCUUUACACACGCAGAACAAAAUGUUUUGGCUUCAGUACAGGUUGUUAAAGCACACCAAACCUCUCAUUUGGUGUUUCCACAACCACGGGUCAUCAUGGAAACAACGUGGAGAACAAUGGAAGAUGCGGUAUAUAUUCCUAGUUCAGUAAUGAACCACUACUUAAGGUAUUUUCAAGGGUACAUCCGGGUCGUCUUUAUGGCUUACAACAACAUGGAAAAUAUGCUUCAAUCACAGUCUCUGUUGCUUCAAUAUAGCCUUUCUCAGGACCAGCCAGAAACAGUGAAACAGGUUGUAAACAGUCGUGUACUUUCUGUCUCCUUUGGAAACACACAGCCAACAUGGCUUCCUGAGCCUGUCAUCAUAACGCUCUCGAGUUUAAGGAAAGAAAAUGUUUCUGACCCUCGAUGUGUUUUUUGGGACUUUGAAAUCAGUGAUUGGUCUAAUCAAGGGUGCAGUGUUGUAUCGUUCAACGUAUCCCACACGGUGUGUUCCUGUAGCCACUUAACAAACUUUGCCGUUCUGAUGACCAUUAAACCUAUUGAGUUAUUUAUUUAUCUAAAAUACUAUAUUCUUCUGUGGUUCAGGACCCUGCAGAAUGACCGAACAACAAUCCACAAGAACUUGUGUCUGUGUCUUCUGGUGGCUGAAGUCCUGUUUAUUGCUGGGAUCAAUCAGACGGCCAUACGAAUUGUGUGCGGCAUUGUGGCAGGACUUUUGCAUUAUUUCUUCCUUGCCGCUUUUGUGUGGAUGUUUUUAGAAGGAUUCCAUCUGUACAUAAUGCUUGUUGAAGUGUUAGAAUCAGAACAGUCCCGAGUAAAAUGGUUUUAUCUUUUUGGCUACGGAGUGCCCGCUGUUGUUGUCCUUAUUUCAGCAGCAGUAGAUUCUAACAGCUAUGGAACUGAUCAGUACUGUUGGUUGAAAGCCGACAACUACUUUGUUUUCAGCUUUAUAGGGCCUGUUAUUGCAAUUUUGUUGGCCAAUAUGGUGUUUUUGAGCAUAGCAGUGUACAUCAUAUGUCGUCAUGGGAACCUGAUGCCAAACUUGAAGACAAAGGAACAGGCUAAACUAUGUAAUGCGGAUGACCCAUCUCAUCGUAAGCUUCUGAUCACGGUGUGGAUUCGGGGAGCGUUGGUAUUUGUGGUGUUGCUAGGCCUAACCUGGGCAUUUGGUUUGCUCUACCUAAAUGAAGAAUCAGUCAUCAUAGCGUAUGUUUUUACUGUACUGAACAGUCUUCAAGGCCUCUUCAUCUUCUUCUUCCACUGUGUCCGGAAUGAAAAGGUUCAGAAAGAGUUCCAAAAACUUAUCCACCAAUCACAGUGGCUUUCCAAAUGUCUUUGUAAAGAAGACUCAAGGGAACAACAUUCCAGUGUGGUCACCUCAUCCAACACCCAGCCAGUCUGUCCUCACAGUUCUUGGGUUACAACUCUGGGACAUGAUAAGCCUUUGAUUACUUCAUCACUGAUCAACAGAACACAAGAUACUGAAACAUCCAGAAGAAUGAACCAAGUCAGAAGACCAUCACAGAAUAGCAAUGGGAAGUAUAGACAGGGGAAUAGUCUGGGAAUGGGUGCAAUAGAUGAAGUCCUGACAGAGCAAGGUGGAAGAUGGACAGUCAGUAAAUCUCACAGACCUAUAGCUGCAGGAAGUGUGCUUGAGAACCCCAUGAAGACAUAUGAUCUUCAUCAAUUAUAUAAUCAUCAGGGUAACAUAAGUUUAUUGGAUCGACGACUGAAUCCUUUAAUGGAUCACAUCUAUGAGACAAUUGACAGUGACCAAGACUCUUUAUCAUCACAUAAGUGGUAUCCACCAUCAGUGUAUCGACAUCAUAUGUCACCUGAUGGGCAGGUCAAGUAUAAUUACAGUCCUAGUCACCAAUCAACUUCCAGCUUUGUCUGUGAUCAACGUCCACUAAUUCCCAAUAAUUUAGCAGAUCCAAAAAUACCCGUAACCUUAGGUCACAUACCAGGUAGGCCUCAUCGUUCCACUCCUCGGAGCUAUUCAGGGCAGGUAAGUUACCCAAGACAGAGUCCCACGGACUCGGACAAUUCAUCCAGCAGCUCUUUAGACAGGAAAGGAAACAGUUCUUCGUCUACUGUACCUGUUCGUUCCACCACUCCCAGCAGUGAGUUCAGCGAUGGUCAACCGGCUAGUGUUGCAGACACAGGUAUUCGCCAGCAGCACUAGUUUCAUAGCUAUCUUCCCAGGAUGAGGUUUUAACAGCAGCCUCCCAAAAAUACCCCAAUUUCAAUAACUUACCAAUGGACUUUAACAGAUUCCAUGGGAUCAGUGCUGCAAACUAUGACUGUUACCAUGGUGAUAACUUCGUGGCAAUAGACAAAAUCAGGAACCCCUGUGACUUCGCAUUGUCAGAUGAUUACUCAAAGGAUGAUGGGAAUGAUAAUGCUGUUACAGUGGACCUUAGCAAACUGCAAUGACAGUUUCAUUUCAAAUGACCGGAACCAAUAUCCAAGUAAUAACUCUGUAGCAGUGACUGGGAGGGUGAACAAGUGAUGUUUAGACUUCAGUCUAAAGCCUUGGGAUACUCUAAUGGGGAUUCAAGAAACAAUGACACUUUAAAGUAACUUUUGGUUGACCAAGUGUAGCUUCUUGCUGUAUCUAUAGCCUUUGUAAGACAAGAAAAAAAACGCCUUUCACUGUCGCUAAAGAGGAAAACUCUACUUAAAAUAAGUUGCCUUGUCUUUACAUCAGGUUUAGUUAUUUUCUGUGUCUUAUUGUGAUGGCGUCCAGAAUUCUCCAAAAAGUGUGUCUUCAUAUUAUUCAGGUAAACGCAGUCGCUAAAGCAACAUCCUCCAGGUGGUAACACUUCCACUUGCGUUUAAAGUGGCGACCCCCCCUUAUUUAAAAAAAAAAGAAGUCAUGUGAAACAUUCCAGAAGAACUUCCCCAAAAAUCUGACUUGCGCUAACAGAGAACCUCUUUUCUGUGAUGUUAAAAGUUGUGUAUAUUCAUGAACGUUGUAAAAAUAAUGAUAAGAAUUAGAUAUUGUAAAAUAAAUUAUCGAGAGAAAGUGAUAAAAUGUUCAAUAGAUGGCGCCAAGAAGAGUAAUACUAUAAAUAAAGGACAACGCUCGUCAUCUUUCAAUGGUAAGAAACAACAUUCCUUGUCCAAGUUUAACGCUUCAAACAUAACAUAAACGGUUACCAAAGUAUUGAAGAGACUGUUAAAGAUAUAUUUUAUGUCAGCUUUUUAACUCAUGAUCUUAAUUUGUCGAAUAUUCACGGGAAAAUAGUAAAGUAACUACUACUAUUACUACUAUUAUUUUUAGUGUGCUCCUUUGAUUGUAUUUUACAAACGUAUGGAAUUGAAUUAAUUCUUUUUUGCAUACCUCGACUUUAAAGGUUUAUCGCCAGCCACAGUAUCUUUUUUCUUCUACAGUCCCUCACCAAAGUUUCCUAUUUAUUUUCCUCCAGUUGAAAUUAAUUCAUUGUAGAACAAUUCAUAUCCUUGUGUAGAACUGUGGUAGCCAAAUAAAAUAAAGAGUUUGCAGAAAAACGACUGAGAAAAAUGAUUUUUUAAGACUAGCCAAAUUAGUAAGUACUGUACUAUUUCCGAGAGAUGGUGUUCAUGAGGAGGACAGGUUUUGAACCGAAUGCAGUUCUGCACUGUUUGUAAAUAAUGUUUUGCAG